AUGGUGAGCGGGCGAGACGGGCGGCUCAUAGUGGCGAGCAAGAACGGGACAGACAACGUGUACAGUCAGAGCGGGCACUACCUGCUGCUGAAACACCUGCGAGACGAGUUUCCGGAGGGUUAUCAGGUCAAGUACCGGCAGCUCAUCCGUUUCCUCCAGCACAACAAGCUUUCGCUGGGAUGUGAAGUGAUCGCCAACUGUCUGGGAGAGCAUGGAGAAGUCCCCAAGACUGAACAUGUCGUCGUCAACGCAAGAGAGUUUCGACUGAUCAUCCCGGGGAUGUACAUCUUUCAAGAUGCUCAAGUCUUCUACUCGACUUACGACAAGUUCCGAUGGGACUUCAACGCGAGAUGGUGCGACAUCCAUGAUGCCAUGAAGAGAGAGGCGUGGAAGCACAUCGACAUGGAGUACGACCGGCUGCACUCAGACCUGCUCGAGGGGUUUGUUGCCUACUGGAUACCCAAGGAGGACGUAGCUUUCAUGCUUGAGUCUAAUGGGGAUGAAGGAUUGGGACUGCUGGGGUUGGCCUCGUUGGAGCAGACGCUGGAUCCUCUCGUCAGCAGUACGUCUCAGCCGACCCAGGAGCAGUGGCCGACCCUCGAGAGCCUCUUGGGGGAUGCCGGACAGAUGGAUACGCUGUAUGCUGAGGUGGGAAGGAUUCUAGAGCGGGAGACGGGCGACCGAGUUCUGUCGGAAGCGAGAGAGGCGACAUCGAAGAAAGAAUCGAUGCAGAAGCUCCGGGAGGAGUUUCGCAUGUUGAUGGCAAACAGCCGGCCGAGGAUAUUCGACAACGACAUGGUGGGGUACGGGGGAGUUUCCUUCAUGAAGAUGAUCAGCGCGUUAGAGCAGCUGCGUCUUCCUCACGAAUUGAAAGUUUCCCGUCCCGCCAGCUCCCAGUCGCCGCUCAAGAAGGAGAGCUUCAACGAGUUCCUCGUCACGGUCCACGUGCUGCAGGACUCCGCCUUUCCCAAGUACGAGAAAUACAGGCAAGAGAAUGAAGACGAGAACCUGCCGCCUCUGCUACGAGGAUACACGUGGUACAUCUCAUUUCUCAACGAGGAGGAGGAGCAGGAUCGUCCGAGCAAGAAGGCGUGCCUGGAGCAGCAGCAGGAGGAGGAGACACUUCUUGACAUGGAUACGCUCUUGUCGCACGGGCCCUUGGAGGGGAGCGUGUGGAAGUUCAAGGUCGUCUCGUACAUGAUCCGAACCUUCCUCUAUCGCAAUCUCGGGAGUGUACUCGCUAAGAAUGGCAACAAGGCUUCCUUCCUUCAGAGCACGGAGAGACUCAUCGAGUCCUGGGCCCCUCCGAUGUCUGUGAAGGAGGAGCUGUACAAGCGAGCCACCCUCUGGGCUGACAGCAUCAUGGCUCUUUCCCCUGAUGAACGCAACGAUCUCGCGCGUGGAAAGUAUCUUUCUGUCCUCCGCAGUCACCUGGACGUCAUUGCUCGAGGGCAAGGUGCCGUCGCGUCGAGUCAGGAGGAGGUUGGCAUUUACUUUCUCAUUUCUCUCCAUCCUUGGUUCGAGGAAACGGCUCGCCUGCUCUCAGACCAUCUCGCUCAUCGGACGGGAUUCCGCCGAAAUGUCCUUAAGCCCGAGGACUUGAGCAUGGAAAACGCCGUGCUUCUAGCUGGCAUGUCGGGUGUCGUCUUCGGGCAGAUCGGGGAUGGGCACAUCUUCAAGGUCGCUCGUCUCAUCUCGAAGCUUCCGCUCAAGACCCGAGCAGCAGUGGUCGUCAUGCAUGCGGUGAGCUUGGAGCACGCGGACGCAGAGUGCGACCGCCGAGGACUGGCAGCGGAUGCAGACGAGAGGAAGAAGCUCAAGGGCUUGUGUGCGAGCGUGAUGGACCAUAUGGACAGACUCCAGACGUCGCUUGGGUCGGGAGCUUGCUUCCAGCUCCUGAGCAUCUCAGAGGGAGAGGGUGACGACAGAAACCAGAGCUGUGAACGGAUCAUGGCGGCCAUGCGCGCAGCUCGGGAGAGGAUGAUCAAACCCCCGAAGGAGCUGGUGCAGGGAGGACGAGGCUCUCCUUUUAGCACGAUCCACAUUGUCAUGUUCGUCACUGUGGUGGGAUGGGGAAAGAACGCUAUCUGCGACAAGCUAGAGGCGAUACACAAGCAGUCACUGGCAGGAGGAGGAGGAGGUCUGCAUGGGCUGCUGGGGUUGCCCGAGGGAGAGCUGUGCGUGCUGGAGGGCGACCAUCUGAAGAAGACGUUUUGGACUGAAGUAGAGAAAGUGUUCAGAAGGAAGAGCAUGAACCUCCUCAUCCUCAACCGAAACUUCCCCCCCAACUCCUGGGCCACCAGCCUCUCCAAGCUCGACAAGGCCGGAAAGAUGGCAGGGAGAAGCUUUCACGUUAGCGCGGCCCUCCCGUACUCGCAGGCGACUUCGGGAUACGCGUUUGGUCUCGCGGACCUCGCUGUCUGCCUCCAGUCGGUUCAGAUGCGGAGGAAUCACGGUACAAGUUUGGACGGCGAGCAGAGUCAAGAGACAUGCAAAGUGACCAGCAUGUUCUUCAACUUCUACAACUACCAAGACUGGGAGACGCUCGCCCAGUCUGUGCGAACUCAACUCACCCGCAGGGUUGCUGUCGUCCCGUGGCUGAAGGAGGGAGCUGAAGAGGAGCUUGCGAGACACGAGGAGCUCUCAGCGUCAGUCCAGCUGGUGGCUACGAUGCCUCAGGGGAUGUUCAACCUCGGCCACGAGACGAGCACACGCGACUGCCUAGCCCGCCCUAAGCACCAGGAGCUCCUCAGCUCACUGCGUCUAAGGACAUCGUUCGGUGUCAGCGGCAUGCAGGACAUCGCUCCUCGAUACGCCAGCAUCGAUCUCGAUCAGCAGUCGGUAGUCGCACUCGUUCAUAGCGUGUCCUCUCACGUCCCCGAGGAUAUCGCAAGGAGGCUGCAGGAGUAUCAACAGUCUUCUGCUCGCAGGAGGUACCACGUCACGCUGUGGCAUUCUCAAUCGCAUGCUGUGGAGCUGCUGCAAGAGUUGAGCGAGUUCAAGGGCGCUGCUCAGGUGAUCUCGCCAGCUCUCCUCGUGGCCGACGAGUACUGUAUCGCCCUCUCUGUUCGCGUGCUCUCCAACGCCCUGAGCCCCACCGUCCCUUGCUACAACCAGUUCCCCCAUGUCACCCUAUGGUGCGUCAAGCCCGACAUGGCAAAGCACUCGAACGAGCUGAUCGAGGCUGCGGUGGCUGGAGGAGACAACGGGGGCGACUCUCCCCGCCCCUUCACGCUUGACCUGCAGGAGCUCCAGGACGACGUUGUGCGUUCUUCUCUGUGCGGGACUGUACGAUGGCACUUUUGA